UGGUGUUAUUAUAAAAUGGAUAACUGUUUUGUUAACGGACGACAAUUAUGUCGGUGGCGGAUUACCCUUGCAGUAAUUAUUGAUGUUAUCCUGUACAUGAUAGUGGGGAUCCCGGUAUUGUUUCUUUUCCUCCGAGGGACGCCGUCUGAGCGCGGCUUCCUAUGUGACGACCCGACCCUCUCUCUCCCGUACCGACCGGAAACCGUCUCCACUUCCGUUCUCAUCAUCGCCGGCUUCAGCGUCUCGAUUGGCGUGGUGUUGCUGGUGGAGCUGCUAAACACGGUUGACCGAAAGUGUCACCGACCCUUCCAGGGUGCUGACGAGCUAGGCUUCUGUGUGCGUGGCUAUAGCGUUUUUCUUGUUGGGUUCCAGCUGCAGCAGCUUAUUGUGGAAUUCGUAAAAAACCAGAUGGGUUUACUCCGGCCCAACUUCUUAGACGUUUGCCAACCCCAGUUUAAUCGGUCACUUUGUCCGGGGUACAUCAACGAGUACACUUGUUCCGAUAUUGAGCACGGAGUAGACGAGAUUCGGGACAGUCGACAGUCUUUCCCUUCUGGCCACGCAUCAUUUUCCAUGUACAUUGCAGUGUAUUUUAGUUUUUACAUCCAGCGGCGGCUACAUGUGUCGUUCUCUCGGAUUGUGAAACUGUUUCUUCAAUUCGGACUCGUUUUCCUCUCGUUGAUCUGCGGUCUCGGCCGUAUCCAUGACAACAAGCACCACCCUGCUGACGUCAUCGUUGGAUUUGUCGUCGGUCUAACCACAGCAAUACUAGUGUUUGAACUCGUCGGGGACAAGCUCCUGACAGCAGGUAAACAUUCUGGCGUCCUUGCUCUCCAGUCAACGGAUGAACUACAAAACUGUUGCUCAUGCGGGGUGACCACUCCUACAAUUGGUGAUCCGGAGACACCCGCGCCGUUGAUACAGAAUGAUUACUUCAGUGGCAUAUCAAAUGGUAAUGGACGCGUUAAUACAAACAUGUGCAAUCUGAAAUUGAAUGACAUACCAAAUGUGAAGCGUCAUAUGUCAACACCUAUCCCACCAAGACAGCAGGCGGAAUGCGAUUGAUCUGAGUCAUUGGAAAUAGGAAAGGAUUCAAGAGAAAAACGUGUUUCGAGAUUGGCUUGUGGUGAUGAAGUAGGCGAACGUCGUAUGAUGUUACAAAUGAUCCGAUCCCAUUUGUCGUAAGGCAGAAACUACGACCGCAGUAACGGAAAUUGAUUACCUAAAAAGCCCCAGGUGCUGUGACAUAUCCGCACAUACGGAAUUAUUCGUUAAUGUUGUGACAUUAAAAUCACCUUCAUUGUUUAGAAACGUUUGAAUGUUUUGUUUAAACUCGUAUUGCAUUCUGAUAUGAGCCUACCUGUGAUGUAUUAUGUAUGUUUGGUAAA